GCUUAUCCCCGCUCAGUUCCAAACCGGCAGCGUGAUCGAUCGGAUCGUGUGGACGCGUAUAGUUUCCCCCAUAGACGAAUGUUGUGUUGUUUACCGGCUCACACGAUGCUGGCAGUUUCGGGGAGGAAUGUCUUGCAGGGACGAGGCGUGCAAGUGGCGCGAUGUAUGUCGGCUUCCGCUCAAAUACCACCGAGGAAAACAGCUUUGUAUGAUUUCCACAAGAGCCACGGUGGAAAGUUGGUGGAUUUUGCCGGCUAUUGGCUUCCAGUGCAAUACAGCGAUCAGAGUAUUAUCAAAUCACAUCAUUAUACCCGGGAGUGCGGGUCAAUCUUCGAUGUAUCUCACAUGCUUCAGACGUAUUUGAAAGGCAAAGAUGUUAUUGACUGCUUAGAGUCGGUUUGCACCGCUGAUAUCAAGGGUUUGAAGGAUGGGUCUGGUACGCUGACCGUGUUCACCAACAGCAAGGGAGGCAUUUUGGAUGAUCUGAUCGUGAACCGAGUUUCGGAGCAGAUGCUGUACGUAGUUUCCAACGCCUCACGUAAGGACACGGAUAUGGCGGUGAUGUCCGAUGCUGUGGCAUCGUUCAAAGCGAAAGGAAAGGACGUCUCGGUGGAAUUUCUGUCCAGUGACGAUCAAUCUCUGCUGGCGAUCCAAGGCCCAAGUGCCGUUCCUGCUUUACAAAAACUCUGCACAAAAAAUCUUACCAGCCUUUUCUUCAUGAACAGUACGACUGAUACUAUUGCGGGUGUGGAAAAUUGCAGAAUCACUCGGUGCGGUUACACUGGCGAAGACGGGGCCGAGAUUUCUAUCCCCUCGACAAAAGCGUCGCUCAUUGCAAACGCAUUGCUUGAUGAAAAGAUAGGAAACCUAAAGUUGGCCGGCCUCGGCGCUCGGGACUCGUUGCGUAUGGAAGCUGGUCUUUGCCUUUAUGGUAACGACAUUGAUGAGAGUACAACUCCGGUCGAAGCGGGUCUGCUUUGGUUGGUUGCGAAACGGCGUCGAAGCGAGGGCAACUUUCCUGGACUGGAUGUCAUUAUGAAUCAAAUCAGGAACGGAGUUACCCGACGGCGGGUGGGAUUUAAAAUGUCCUCAGGAUCAGCCCCCGCGCGGCAACAUGUUGAGGUGUACGAUAACGAGCAGCAUAAAAUUGGAGAGAUCACCAGCGGCUGCCCGAGUCCAUGUCUACAGGCAAAUAUUGCUAUGGGCUACAUUCAGGAAGUCUCGAAGAAGGUCGGCACCGAGGUGUCCCUCAAAGUGCGGGAUAAGUUCUACCACAGCCAGGUCGUGAAGAUGCCCUUCGUGCAAACCAAUUACUAUCAGGCACCGAAAUAAAUAAUAAUAUUGUACGGAGGUAAAAAAAAUGUCAUUUUUUCUCUACGAAUUCUCCUCCCAAAUGAAAUAAUUUACCAACACUUUCGCAAUCCACCGUAUGUUGUCAGCUCUACCAAUCCAUUUUCGUUCCAUUCUGAAAAAUUUUUUUUACAUGUGCAAUUCGUUUAUUUUCUUAAGUCAAAAAGUUAUUAUAAAAUAAUUAUUUACAUUUCGUUUUCUAGUUCAAAAUCCAAUGAAAUUAUGUCAAUAAAAUUAUUACUUUUCAUAAUAAAGAUCACAUAUUUUAAGAA